ACGAGCGCGGAGCCACCGCGUAAGUUCCUAAUGUCUUCAAAUAGCGAAAGUGCUAACCGGAAACUGCCGGCUCGGUUUACCUAUUGGUGUUUCGCUUGGGACCAGCAGAUUCCAGAAACCAGAGGGACUGGAACCUAGUACACUUCGGCAAUUGGGAAAUGACCUACCAGGACAAAUAACUGCUUCUGGCUCCAUGGUGCUGUCCGUGAACAUCCGCCGGCUCUGAGAAAGGAGCUGCACUGUCAAUGAGAAACCGUGGGCACUGAGAAAGGAGCGGGCUGCAACUGAUAACUGCCCACCCAUUGCCACUAGGACAAAGUGCCGCCGGCACUACUCCCACCCACCGUCCUCAAAUCAAUCCUCUCCCGCUUAAGAAGACCUUUAUUUUUCAUACCGAAGUCAUACCGAGGGCCACAGCAACUGACCCCUUGCGAUGUGCAUGGGAAAAGGAGGCAGUAUAGGGAUCGAGAAUGGGGCGGAUUAGGCUGGCCCUGGAAACAAAGUAAAAGCCAUCCGGGUUGCCAGCCGUCUUCCACUGCAAGAAACUAACCUUCCAGUGGCUGGGCUCCGCCCUUCUCCUUGGUCAGAGCCCUCCAGACUCCUAAGGGGAAGCCGACACCUCAUCCCUUUGGAAUUUGAAGCUCUCAGUCCAAGACCUCAGUGGAGAGUGAAAGACACAAUGCCGCCUGACCCAGGCUUCAGGCCUGCCCCAGCAGCUAGGUACCUCUCCAGGGGAUGGAACUCUGGGAACUGCUAUUUAAUUCUGAUGGUUAACUCUGUCAGAUGGCCUUGAUAUAUGGGAAUAAUCGUUGGAAGAGGGUAGAGGAAAUAAGAACCGCAAGACUCUAGCACAGGACGUGUGGAUUGAUGGAAGCCUGAAACUGCCAUUGAGCAGAAGGAAAACAUCCCUUUCCAGAACCUUUCUCGUUUCUCUAAAAAUCUGCACUUUUGGAAGUGAUCCCCCAAAGAGACCUCCAGACUCUACCAUGGGUGUCUCCAGCUGAACUCAUCAUGUCUAAUCCUCACCCUCGCUUAUCCUGUUCAAAUCAUUUCCAUCUUUUUCUGGAUGAAUCUGGGCGGAUGUCAGACCAGAGAAGAGCACAAAAUGCACCAGAGAGCAGCCCGACGGCCAUGGAGGCUGAAGAGACGAUGGAAUGCCUUCAGGAGUUCCCUGAACAUCAUAAAAUGAUCCUGGACCGAUUGAAUGAACAGCGAGAGCAGGACCGCUUUACUGACAUCACCCUAAUUGUCGACGGACACCAUUUUAAGGCUCACAAGGCUGUUUUGGCUGCUUGUAGUAAGUUCUUCUACAAAUUCUUUCAGGAGUUUACCCAAGAACCUUUGGUGGAGAUAGAAGGUGUUAGUAAAAUGGCCUUUCGCCAUUUAAUUGAGUUCACAUAUACAGCAAAAUUAAUGAUACAAGGAGAAGAAGAAGCCAAUGAUGUAUGGAAAGCAGCAGAGUUUCUACAAAUGCUAGAAGCUAUCAAAGCCCUUGAAGUCAGGAACAAAGAAAACUCAGCUCCAUUAGAGGAAAAUACCACAGGAAAAAAUGAGGCAAAAAAAAGGAAGAUUGCAGAAACUUCAAAUGUUAUCACUGAGUCAUUGCCAUCUGCAGAAUCAGAACCUGUUGAAAUUGAGGUAGAGAUUGCCGAAGGCACCAUUGAAGUAGAAGAUGAAGGCAUCGAAACAUUAGAGGAAAUGGCUUCUGCCAAGCAAUCCGUAAAGUACAUACAGAGCACAGGUUCCUCUGAUGAUUCUGCUCUAGCAUUGUUGGCAGAUAUUACCAGCAAGUACCGUCAAGGUGACAGAAAAGGGCAGAUAAAAGAAGAUGGCUGUCCAUCUGACCCCACGAGCAAACAGGUAGAAGGUAUUGAAAUUGUGGAACUUCAGCUGUCACAUGUGAAGGACUUGUUCCAUUGUGAGAAAUGUAACCGUUCAUUUAAAUUGUUUUACCAUUUUAAGGAACACAUGAAAUCACACUCCACAGAGAGUUUCAAGUGUGAAAUAUGCAAUAAACGGUAUCUUCGAGAGAGCGCAUGGAAACAGCACCUAAAUUGUUACCACCUUGAAGAAGGUGGAGUCAGUAAGAAGCAAAGAACUGGGAAAAAAAUUCAUGUAUGUCAGUACUGUGAGAAACAGUUUGACCAUUUUGGACAUUUUAAAGAACAUCUUCGAAAACAUACAGGUGAAAAACCUUUUGAAUGUCCAAAUUGUCAUGAACGAUUUGCUAGAAAUAGCACUCUUAAAUGUCACCUCACUGCAUGCCAAACUGGAGUAGGGGCAAAAAAAGGAAGGAAGAAACUCUAUGAAUGCCAGGUCUGCAACAGUGUGUUUAACAGCUGGGACCAGUUCAAGGAUCACUUGGUGAUACACACUGGAGAUAAACCCAACCAUUGUACUUUAUGUGAUUUGUGGUUUAUGCAAGGAAAUGAAUUAAGGAGGCAUCUCAGUGAUGCUCACAAUAUUUCAGAGCGUCUAGUAACAGAAGAAGUUCUUUCAGUAGAAACACGUGUGCAAACUGAACCUGUAACAUCAAUGACUAUUAUAGAACAAGUUGGGAAGGUGCAUGUGCUACCAUUGCUUCAGGUUCAGGUGGAUUCAGCACAAGUGACUGUGGAACAAGUCCAUCCAGAUCUGCUUCAGGACAGCCAGGUGCACGAUUCACACAUGAGUGAGCUUCCAGAGCAGGUCCAAGUGAGUUAUCUAGAAGUGGGCCGAAUUCAGACUGAAGAAGGUACUGAAGUACAUGUAGAGGAGCUGCAUGUUGAACGGGUAAAUCAGAUGCCAGUGGAAGUACAAACUGAACUUCUAGAAGCAGAUUUGGACCAUGUGACCCCAGAAAUCAUGAACCAAGAGGAGAGAGAGUCUAGCCAAGCACAUGCUGCUGAGGCUGCCAGAGAAGAUCACCAAGAUGCUGAGGAUUUAGAGACCAAGCCAACAGUGGAUUCUGAAACUGAAAACGCCGAGAAUGAGGACAGAACAGCUAUGCCAGUUUUAGAAUGAAAUUACACAUGAGUAUAUUUUUAAAUUUACUUGUUGGGUUUUUGAACUGAUUAUGGGCAGUAUGACUGUCCUUAAGCCUAACAGACAAGUGGACCAAAGUUAAGCUGUUUCCUGUUGUGCUGAACUGUUUCUGUUGAAACACAUUGAUUCCCCUCCCCCUACUUAAUGCCACAGAGGAGGGAUCUUUUCCAUAACUGAAGGGGAGUUUUGAGAAGUAUAUUUCUGGAAACUUUAAAUGGAUUAUAUUCUUAUUAUAUAGUUGGGUACGAAUGUAUCUAUUUUCAUUGUGGUAAAAGUUCUUCCUUUUCUCUUUCCCAGGUCAUGUUCUUCCUCAAAUUUUUUCUGUAUUGUAAAAUCAAACUUAAAUCAUUAGAAUACAAGUUUAUGUAUUCUAAUGCAUGUUAGAAAAUUGAAUAAUAUAGGAAACACAAGGCUGCAUGAUGAAAAGUGCAUUGUUACUGUGCAGUAAAUUUUGGCUUCUGGCUUUCUUUAGUUUGAACAAACAUUCUUGUCUACCCCAGUAGUAACAGAUGCCAUCUCUGCAACAGAAAGAGUGGUGGUGGCAAAAGUUCUAGAAUGUUUAAAAAAAAAAACCACACCCAUGUGCCUUCUCAAAACCAACUAAACUUCUAUAAAGCAUCUCUGGUUCUUUCAAAGUUUGUGUUGUAAGGAGCAAUGUAGAUGAUGCUAUAAUACUUUAUAUUUUUGCUUAUAAUGACAGCCACCAGUUCUUUUUCACUUAGGUUGAGAAAUUUUAUUUAAUGGCCACUGAAGGGCCAUUUUCAAUUGGGAAAAUGUAUUUACAUCUGUGGUAAACUUUAUUUUGAUGAAAAGUUGCACUAGUAUUUUACCACCAGAUGAAAAAAAGAUGAGCAGCAUUUAAAAAUUAAUGUAUUUAAAAUAAAGUACAGAGAAAGACAUGUAUAUAAUUAUCAGGCUUUGUUUUGAAUGGAAUCUUUCCCCCCGAUCCUUAAUGUAAAGAUCUUGUGCUAUAACUUUUAAAGCCAUACAAAUAAGAGUGCUAAACUGUGGACUUAAAAGUAGGUGUGUAAAUAUUUUUAAUCAGUAUUACUUGGAAAAUAAAAUAUAACAAACACAUAAACCAAUAUGCUAUUUUCUUUACCUGUUAAAUAUUGGGAGUUCUUUACAUUUUUUAAGUAAAGUUUAAAAUUAUGUG